CACACACACACAUAUAUAUAUCAACCUCUCUCUAUGAAUCACUCUCUUGUCAUUUAAGGAGCUGAAAUUCUCUGCUUUACUCUCUAUUGCUUUUAAUUAAUUCAUUCAUUGAAUUUAUUUCCCAUUUCAUUUAUUUAGCGUCUCUCAGAGUUCUUCUUUCUUCUGUGAGCGUAGUGUGUGUGAGAGAAAGGGAGUUUGCAUUUGUAUGAAGGAACGAUGCCUUUGGUUAGAGUGGAAGUCAGGAAUGAGUACGGACUUGGAGCACUGGAUAUGCACGAAAAUGCCAAUAAUGAGGAUCCGAAGGCAGUGCUGGAUGGAGUUGCUGUUGCCGGCCUCGUCGGAAUUUUACGUCAGCUCGGCGAUCUCGCUGAAUUUGCAGCAGAGGUUUUCCAUGAAUUACAGGAAGAAGUGAUGAUCACAUCUUCCAGAAGCUGUAAGUUGAUGGGUCGUGUACAACAAAUUGAUAAAGCACUUCCUCCACUUGAGAAGGCUGUACUGGGCCAGAGGAGCCACUUACACCUUGCUUAUACAGCUGGUUGCAAUUGGCAUGCUUGUAUCCGGUGUGGAAAAAAUCAUUUUGUGUAUGGUGAUACGCCUCAAUUUAUUAUGGAUUCUUACGAAGACUGUCGCAGUCCUCCACGUUUGCAAUUGCUUGAUAAGUUUGACCCUGGUGGUCCUGGUUCUUGCUUGAGAAGGUAUUCAGAUCCUACUUUCUUUAAGAGAGCAUCAGCAGGUUAUGGUGAGGCAUGUAGUAAGAAAAUUCGGAAAGAUAAGAAGGUACGCCGGACUGAGAGAAGGAGCUCAUGGCUCAUGAAUGGAAAAGUAUCACAAGAUGCGUCAAUUCCCAAUCACACUGGCAGAAUGCAGUUCACAAAACUGAAUGUUGAUGAACAAGUUUCUGCUUCUCAAACAGUGACCACAUAUGAUGAGACAUUUGGGUCAGAUUUUGUGGAGCAAUCAAAUAUAGAUUCAAGAAAUAAAUUAGGCUUCGUGGAAUGUGUUGUUAGUCCAAGUUACUUAAAAAAACCCGAUGAGCAAGAAUGUAAAGAAUUGUCUUCACCAUCAAACGGGCAACGCAGUGCUUCCCCAGAUUGCAGUUUUCUAGAGAAAAAAGGUUCAGAUGUACAUCAUGAUAGUCCCAAUAAUUUAUCACUUGAACAAAUUGGUUGUCCUUCAUCUUCUGUUACUUGGGAUGAAAAGGAAGAAAUGCUGGAGCCCGUAGUAGAGCAUGAUCUAUAUGGAAACUUAGGAUCGUUUCCCCCAAAUUUUGAACUAGAAAUGCACAUGUUUACAGAAUCAUCUUCUUCAUCAAAGAGGCAACUCAGAGAUUCCCCAGGUUUUAAUUUUUUUAAGGAAAAAGAUUCAGGUGCAUAUGAUGAUACACAGAAUAAUUUAUCAAUAGAGCAAACUGGACAUUCUUCAUCUUCAGUUGCUUGGGAUGAAAAGGAAGAGAUACUGGAACCUACCACAGAUUAUGAUCAUGAUGGAAAUUUAGGAUUAUUUUCCCCAAAUUUUGAGCCAGAAAUUCAAGGUUAUAAACCUGAUAAUUUUGAAAAUGUUGACCAAAUGGAUGUUCAUCCUUGUAACGAAACUGUGACAGUGCUGGACUCUGGUGAAAACCAGCUUGAUGACAUUGAAAGUGAAACAGACCAUUUCAUGGAUGCUCUUCAUACCAUUGAGUCUGAGUCUGAAACGGAUAAAGACUGCGCAACGAAGCAUGAAGUACAGCAUUACUCUAAAUUGGAGGACAAAGCAGUAGUUGACAUAUCAUGUGGGUUUAGGACACAUCAUUCUGAAUUUCGUUCAUCAAAUUUUGAAUCUGACAUUUUGGCCAACAGUUCUCUUGUAAAUGGUAUUGACGGACGUGAUCCCAUUUCGGGUAGUGAUGGUUGCGAUCCCAUUUCAAUGUCUCCCAAUAAUGCUUCUUCAUCUUACUGUUUUACUGACCGAGAAGCAGCAAAAGAUAAAUUCAACCCGGUCUCCUUCGAGCACAAUACUCAUUUACAGUCAACUCAAAAGGGUAGUGAGUUAUUGAAUCCAGGCGGUCUGCAAGGUGUUGAUUCUCAUGAAAAGGAUAAUGUUGAUGUUGGGGUAAAAGUAGAAUACGUCUUGGGCAAAGUAUCAUCGUCAGACUUGGUCGAGGAUAUGUCAAGGAUGCCAAUUACUAGUAGGACAACAAGCAGUCCCAAGUCUCAAGUACCAGCACCAGAAACUUCCAGCAUUGCUUCAGUAAUGUUCUGGACAAAUGGUGGCUUGUUAGGACUUGAGCCAUCAAAGCCUCCUGAUUGCAGUGUCCUAAAUGCUAUCCCUAAGGGUCCCAUGAAUGGCGAAGACGGAAAAGUUAGUACUUUUAGUCAGAGCAGCCUUCUCAGUAGUGGUAAAGAUGCAGCUAAACCUGAUCAAAUCGGGAAUUCUGAGAAGAUGGAACAAGGUAUGGAUGUGGAUUGCUCUACUUCAUGCCAAGGUUACCGAGAAGAUGGGCUCUCACUUAGGAAGGAAGCUUGGAAAUAUUCACCUAUGGAUUUAAGUGUCAAACUUGAAAAAUCUAGUGAUUCAACUCAUCCAAAUUAUGUUAAUAUUCCAGCUGUCAAAUUGGACGUCCAAAGGGCCAAAGACCACCAGGAGAGUAACAGAAGUUCAUCUCGGAUCUUUGAACUUGGCGACAGACUCACCAAUGGAUCUAACAAAAGACUCUCACUUGAGGUGUACAAAAACCAUGGUCCGAUCAACAACGUGAAUGCCAAAGUUUUCAAGCAGAACAAUAAUAUAAGUGUUGCACAUCAAACAUCGUCUAAAGAUUUGUUUGGAGCUGGAUCUCCUUUUAUGUCGCCUUCUUCAUCACCACCUCUUGAGCACAUGAAGAUAUUUUUCCAUCCAAUUCAGGACUUUGAGACAUCCAAGCUGAAAUUGAAAUUUCCAGAUGGCAAUGGUAAUCCUGAAAACAGCAGAGAUAUUUUUCCUUCAUUUCAGUUGGUCCCAGAGGCAUCCAUUGCAUGGCACAAUGUUGCUUCAGACUCGGAUGAUCAGACAUUCUAUAGAUCAUCACCUUCUGUAUCAGAUGGUUGUCAUAGCAAUCAAUCGGAGUCAGAUUCUGAGCAGUGGGAAUCAAAUGAUUGUCCCAGUAACAAGGACCAUGAUGUAUAUGAUGCAUUACGUAGAAUCUCAUUGACAGAUUGCGUUUCAACAAUUAUGGAAAACGAGAGGACAAAUCAUGGAGAGAUCUAUGACAGCAGUGGACUUCAAUCUCGCCAUUCAUUCAAUCUUCCUAGUUUGGACACUCUAAAUCACUCAUUUACGGAUGAUUGGCCCAAUGCGAUGUCUGAAGGCCCUAAGGCCCCUAACUAUGCAGUUAACCUUGUACUUUCAGCAUCUACAAUUUCUCAGCUACCUAAGCCAGAUCCCCUUGAGCAAAAUCAAAUUACGGCAAGCACAGAGUUGCAAAAAAACAAGGUUUGGCAAUCAGACUUGCAGAAGAAGAACAGACGAAAAGAAACUAAUCAGGCUGAAUGCAUUAAGAGCAUGGAUGAACAGGAGGAUUUUCUGCACCAGAUUAGAACAAAAUCAUCCAAUCUAAGACCUACCGUGUCGACAAAAUCAACUAUGUCAUCAGGGCCCCCUGCCAAUGUCAACGUCACUGCAAUACUGGAAAAGGCAAAUGCAAUCCGUAAGGCUGUUGGAAGUGAUGAUGGAGACGAUGAUGAUAAUUGGAGUGACAAUUAGAUAUUCUCUGGGCUUGUUAUGUUAGCAGUGCAUUAAAAACCAAAUUUUGACCGUGAAUUUGAGAAGGGCAUAAUUGAAGUUCCUAGAUGUAACGCUAAUUUGCAGUUAUUUCUUAAUAACUUAAUGAGAUAUCAUCUCUUUCAGUAGCUGUAAUUCAUGUCUUUGCUAUGCUUACAAUGCUUGUGAUGAAUCCUUUUCUGCUAUCUGUAAGAUCCAUACAUUCGAUGAAAUUCAAUAAUUUCUUAUCAUAUUAUUUA